CAGACUCUACGGGUCGUUUUAUUAUCUCUCUUCGGCGUUCAUGCGAUUACCAUUCUGAGACGGCCACUUUUUUCUCUUCUCGACGAUGAACGUUUUGAGCUGCACCUUCUUGACUUCGGUCAACCUUUUUUGCUUACAGGAUACGGUCUUUUUUUCGGGAUGGCUUUUUUUCACAUCCUUUCAUCCUGCGCUGGUGUGUUGGCGCAAUGACGGUCCAUACCCAACCACCUGCGAUGCAUUUCCUUUGUCCCCCAAAAAGAUUACGACACGCAUUGGCCUAUCCAUUGAUUUGGACUAUGGUCACCAUCCAACUUGGGCUGUACAGUCAGCGAUAUUCACUUGGGACUAGCCAGUCCUCUUUUCCUUGCAUACAAAAGCUUCAUCAUUCGGCAACUCUUCGACAUUUUGGGAGGUAAACCCUCUCCAUCCAAACACGCGCGCAGAU